AUGUCAACAACACAAGCUACAAAAGGCACUGGAACCAAUGCCAAGAAGGCUGCAGCAUCAGCUACUUUAGCCUCAACAGCUCCAGCUAAAAAGAAUCCAUUCUGGGAUACAACCUACCGUCGUGAUUAUUGCAAGGGCGUAAACGGCUGGACAUUCAAAGAAUUCUCCGAUUCUGCAGAUGAUGAUGAGCUCCUUUCAUCUUCUGUUAAAACCCGCUCUAUCAAAUUAAACCCACUUUGGGAAUCAACGUAUCGUAGAGACUACUGUGGCGGAUGUGAGUGCUCCACAGCGCCAGUUGGAACAAGACUUAUGACCCGAUCACUUGAUGCUGCUGAAGAUGACAAAGAAGCAAAUAAGAAUGUUUGGCAAACUACAUAUCAAAUAGAUUUUUGCAGUCGCUUCGCAAAGCCAAAGCGUAGACUCUGA